GUGCUCAAAAACAGAGUCUCUCUGUGGAAGCCCAGUCCCCCAAUCCCAGAGAGAGUCAAAUGAAGAGAGGUACCGACUCCUGUCCCACCCAGGACGCAGCCUUCAGCCUCCAGCCUUCUGAGGCAGAGUAGGCAUUUCUGCACGUCUGCAAAAGGAAGGGAGGGAAGCACUCCAUCAUCUCACUGGGAAGAACAGCGCGGGCAUACCUGCAGCUACUGGGGUUCCAUUGGGCUUGAGCGUCGAUUCAUCACCUUUUGAAGGACAAGAUGCAUUGGAAGACGUUGCUGCUUCUGCUGUUGUAUUCCAAUGCUCAGGCUUCCAUGUGCCACAGGUGGAGCAGGGCCGUGCUCUUCCCUGCUGCCCACCGGCCAAAGAGGUCCUCAUCACUGCCAUUGAACCCAGUCCUGCAGACCUCCCUGGAGGAGGUGGAGCUGCUCUUCGAGUUCCUGCUGGCCGAACUUGAGAUCAGCCCUGACCUGCAGAUCUCCAUCAAGGACGAGGAGCUGGCCUCCUUGCGGAAGGCCUCGGACUUCCGCACCGUCUGCAACAAUGUCAUCCCCAAGAGCAUCCCAGACAUCCGCCGGCUCAGCGCCAGCCUCUCCAGCCACCCUGGCAUCCUCAAGAAAGAAGACUUUGAAAGGACAGUGCUGACCCUAGCCUAUGCAGCCUACCGCACAGCCCUGUCCCAUGGCUAUCAGAAGGACAUCUGGGCGCAGUCCCUCGUUAGCCUCUUCCAGGCCCUGAGGCAUGACUUGAUGCGCUCCUCACAGCCGGGAGUACCUCCCUGAGAGACUGGCCCACACCAGGACCUCGGAACAGGGACCAGCACAGUAAUCCAGAAAGUCUUCAUUCUCUACUCCAUUUACAGAGACCGGCAACAAAACACGUACCGCUGACACAGAGCAGCAGAGAUCAAACACAGUAACCCCGAUGCUCUUUUCUCCUUGUAGUUUCCUGGAAGACACAUCUGAUUCAUGCCAUCAUGUGACCUGGAAGGGCUGGAGUAGUAAUUCAAGAUGCCUCCAUGGGCAGAAUGGGUUGCCUGUGGCAGGCAGAAGUCUGAUAUGCUUCAACCCAGAGCACCAGCCACACACACUCAAGAGUGAAGACAGGCCGGGCACAGCGGCUCAUGCCUGUAAUCCCAGCACUUUGGGAGGCUGAGAUGGGAGGAUUAUUUGAGGUUAGGAGUUCAAGACCAACCUGGGCAACACAGUGAAAACCCAUCUCUACUAAAAUCACAAAAAUCAGCCAGACACGGUGGCGCAUGCCUGCAAUCCUGGCUACUCAGUAGGCUGAGGCAGGAGAAUCAUUCGAACCCAGGAGGUAGAGGUUGCAGUGAGCUGAGAUCAUGCCACUGCACUCCAGCCUGGGGAACAAAGUGAGACUCUGUCUCAAGAAAAAAAAAAAAAAAUUAAAAAAGGAUUGAGGAAAGAGCUAAAGGAGACAUCAUGGCAGGAAGAUGGGGGACAGAUUCCUUCCGUCCUAAGGGACUAGGGUGCUGGGAUGAAUGAACAUUUUUCCAGAGGUUCUAUAGUAAAUAUAAAGAAACUAGAGAUAUACCCAAAUAAAUAUAUUAUUUGCCAAGGAUAUACUUCUUGACUUUUCCAAAAGCUGCCAAGAAGAAUCCAUUAGAAAAUCAGUAAUUUUAUGACUUUUAUGUCUGAACUCUUCUUUUUUGAAAGCUGGCUUAACACAGAAGAGAAACAGGAAGGGGCCCACAGCCCAGUCCAGCCAUACUUUGUCUUUGAAUAGUAAAACCAAGCUAAUGCAGAAAGAGUCUCCCAACGAACAAGGUGGCAUGAAGGCCCAUGCCUGUCUGUCUUCAUGUGAAAAUAAUUUAGCAUCAUCAGAGCACUAAAUGCUCCAAAUAAAAAUGAUUUUCAGAUGACAGAAUUCUACCCUUUCAAAGGCCAAAACUUUCCUUUUAGAGAUAUUGACUCGAUAUCUAUUUAAACUAUACAUACAUAUCACCUUAAGUUUUUGUUUAGUGUAAGAUCAUCAUUUAAACAUUCUUGUGUGUGUGUGUGUGUGUGUGUGUGUGUGUGUGUGUGUGUGAGAGAGAGAUAUGAGAGAGAUGGAGUCUCGCUCUGUCGUCCUGGCUGGAGUGCAGUGGCACUAUCUCGGCUCACUGCAACAUCUGCCUCCCGGGUUCAAGUGAUUCUUCUGCCUCAGCCUC